UCACUCCCCCUUUCAGGACCUCAGUUUGCUUAUUUGUUUAAAAUGCAGGGUUUGGACAAGGUGACUUUUUAGAUUUCUCUGAAAUCUAAUAUUAUGUAUCUUUCUCUGUGCCCAGCAUAGUGUUCUGUAUACAAAAGGUACUUAAUAAUUACUUUUUAAUGUAGUGCUUUUGCUGGAGUGUUUGUCUCCUUAAUUAGAUAAUAAGCUCUUUGAGGACAGGGCUUUUGUCUAUAUUCUCUAUCUUACCAGACAUGGUGCUAUGAAUAUGGUAUAUAAUAAUUACUGGUAGUGAAUGAAUGAAUUGGGGAGGGGAGGAGUCCUCCAGUUAGAAGGUUGCACCCUUCCCAUCCCCUGACCAGGUCUAAGCUCCCAGCUAUGCUGCUGGUGUGUAAUUUGAGGAGGGGGAGGAAAGCCCAGAACACUGUCAACAACCCAGAGUUGAGUUGGAAAACAAGACUAGAGUUACUCAUUAGCAGAUCCAGGGGGUCAAGGGUUGAGGAAAGGGGGCCAGAGGCUGCAGUGGACAAAACUCCCAGAAGAGAGUGGUUUCAGGCAGCUGCCACCCCUGCACUAUAGUCUUUGAGGAUGUUCCACCAAAUUCUGGCAGCUUUCUUUUACCUCUUCGGGAUUCUUUAUGACUCCAUUUGCCAGAGUUGUAAGCCUCAUCAAUUAAAUCCUCUGGGAGUAAAAGGAAAAGAGUUCCCUGGACCCUACCUGGGUCAAUGGUACUUCAUUGCGGGUGCAGCUUCUACCCAGGAGGAACUGGCAAUCUUUGUCCCAAUGGACAACAUUCUCUUUGACAUGGCUGCUAGCCAUGUUCCCCAAAAGCUCCAACUACGGGCGACCAUCAGAAUGAAAAAUGGGCACUGUGUACCCCGAGAAUGGACUUACCAUCUGACUGAAGGGAGCACAGAUCUCAAGACUGAAGGCCGCCCUGAUAUGAAGACUGAACUCUUCUCCAGCUCUUGCCCAGAUGGGAUCAUGCUGAGAGAGACAGGACAAGGUUACCAGCGCUUCCUCCUCUACAACCGAUCCCCACAACCCCCUGAAGAAUGUGUGAAUGAAUUUCAGUCCCUGACCUUUUCUUUGAACUCAAAAGCCUUCCUGCAGACCCCCAGGGAGAUAGAGGCCUGUGAGUUGUUCAGUGACUGACCUGUGCCCUCUAGGGAGCUGGAGACUUCUUGCUGCCUUCAAGAACAAUAAAGAUGAUUUUUCUGA